AUGGUCCCACACCGCACUUGGUUCAAACCAGGAACAUAUCGUGCAAUCCAUCCAGCGCGCAAGAUCAGUUUCGGCGAUGACUCCACAGUGGACACAAUUGGAAAAGGAACAGCUACUUUUCGCACCACCAUAAAGGGGCAGAUAUAUGAUGUCGAACUAUCUGAUGCACUGCACGUACCGGCCUUCACAAUAUCGCUCAUAUCAGUUUCCAAACUUGCGCGCCACGGACUGUCCACACAUUUUGAUGCCUCAACAGACAAUUGUGGGGUUCACAAAGGUGCAAAUCUUGUCCUAACUGCAAAGCAUAAG